AUGGCGUCCGACCCUAUCGGAGCUCGAAAGGCUCACAGGAGUUCAGAAGGCUCUCGCAUACCUUCGAAAUACUAUUCCGCCGACCACUCAACUGCUGCCGCCGCUGUCUCCUCCUUCUCCUCCUCCUCCCGACGAACCGAUCGCGACGCCGCUCAUCGAUCCGCCCCCGCCGCUCCGAAGAGACAUACACCUCAUUACGCCGUCCACCGAGAGUCAUCGAUCGAGCCAAUACGGCCCUCUGCCACUGGCUCUGAGCAACCUGCCAAUUACCGCGACUCCUUCAUCUCCAUAGUCGACGACCCAUUCUUUUUGCGAUUUGACGAUAACAACAUCGAAGGGGCGCUUGCACUUGACCCUCGUUGGACUGCGACUUCAUUUGACGACGCCGACGCCGACGCCGAAGACGAAGGAGAAGAAAACGAAAACGAAAAGGAAAACGCGAGCGACAGCCAGGAGGACGAAGACGAGGAGGACGAAGAAUUCGAUUUCGACGCUUUCGAGUUCCGCGAUGACGACACGCCCAACGAGCGCUGGCCGCCCCCAAGAAGAGAGUCGUUGAUAAUAGGACAUUCCUUAUACUGGCAACCACCAACCUCCGCCAUCAUGGAGAGCCUCAAUAUCGCAGUCAUUGGCGCCUCGGGCGUUGGCAAGUCGUCCUUCGUCCAGCGCGUGCUGGGCCUAUCGCGGCCGCCCAUAACCAAUGCAUCCAGCGUCCGCAUGGUCGUCGACAAUGUCACAUACGGCGUGACGCUGAUCGAGCUUGACCUCGAAUACUUUGAGCUGAACCCGCUGCAGCCCAUCCAAUGGCCGAAACAGAUCAACGGCCACAUCGUCCCGCGGGUCGAUGGCGCCCUCAUUAUUUACGACGUCACGAAUAAAGAGAGCAUGAAGGAAUUGCCCCAAACGAUUGCUGCUUUGACAAAGUCGGGUCUGCCGGCUGUCCUUGUCGCCAAUAAAUGCGAUCAUCCAGAGAGCGAACGGCAGGUUGAUUCGCAGCGAGUCGCCAGCCACGAGUAUUUCAAGUCGUGCGUUGGGAUGUUCAACCUGUCUACAAGUAGUCCGGAACGCGCCAGAGCGUGCUUGAACACAACCUUGAAAGCCUCGAUCGCUUACCGCAAGGGUAAUUGGAGCCCAUCAGCGAAUGCACAAGUAGUCAAUGUUAAUGCUGAUGAAAUGCCAGAAUCACAAUCGGAAUCGGGCAUGCCCCGCCGUCGUGCAGCCUCGGCGGCCAACCUCGAGGCCCACGACAGCUCCAACGGACGCCCGCUAAGUCAGCAGAGUAAACAUAGCCGAGCGAGCUCUGAUUUGUCGCUUCUUCGAGGUGUUCCCCCUCCCAUCCCCGAUCACUUACGUGGCCCACAUCCUCCACGAAGUCCUCGAAUAACCGACUUUGGUGGCGCGCCUUCAAGUUCGGGCUCGUUCGGCCCAUCCGAUACCAUUGAGGAGGAGUCACAACAAACUGUCUCGAGUCAGCUACGGACACCUGGGAUACGUCUCGACCGCGGGCCGACGGAUUCGUUCCUAGACAUGGAGGAGUCAGACGCCGAAUCAUUCAGAUACUCAGAGGAGAUCCCCAUUCUUCAACGGAGCGAUGAUAGCUUCCUCGAGAAGCCGACCAAGUCAGCAGGUGUAGCCUUUGACGAACUCGUCGACCGGCUCAUUGCUCCCCGGAUGACCAAAGCGGACAACAACUUCUCCGAUGUUUUCUUGUGUCUCUACCGGAAGUUUGCAGCACCAGGCGAGCUCUUCUCGGCUAUACUUACGCGACUUGACCGCGUCAGAGACGACAAAGCAGCACAUUAUCUUUCCAAGACCGCAACACAGCUCAGAAUCAUUGAGGUCGUCGCAAAAUGGGUCUCACUGUACCCUGGCGACUUUGCGCGAUCAGGAACGAGGCGAAACCUAGAAGAGUUUAUUAAACAUCUCUCCACCGAGCCAAUCUUCUCCAUCGCUGCGCAGCAAAUUCGGCGACACCUCGAAUUCAGUGUGGUGGAGGAUGACAACACCGGAUGGGCAAAGUCGGACGAAGUCGCAGACGAAGAAGGCAGCAAACUUUUGUCGAGAGAAAAGACGCGCUCUACAUCAGACAUGUCCAACGGUAUGAUCACCUUGACCAUUGACAACGAUAGGACUCCAGACGAGAGACCUUCUGGCAGCUCCGACUUUUCCCAAGUGGAUAGGACAAGUAGUGUGGGCACGCACGUCUCGUUUCACUCUUACGACGAGUACGAAAGAGAGGCAGCGAACAUGGAGCCCACGGAUGUGCUACCGAUGAACAAGUUCCGUUACCAUAUUUUCAUGGACAUCACAGACGACGACAUCGCCGAUGAGAUGACGCGCAUCGACUGGGUCAUGUUUUCUUCCAUCCGUAUCAGAGACUUUGUGCGGCAUGUGAGUCUCUCAUUGGAGCAACGAUCCAAAUGCAAGAGUCUUAAGAACGUCAAUCGGAUGAUUAACCACUUUAACCACGUGGCGAAGUGGGUUGCCAAUCUCAUAUUGUUGCGAGACAAGGCAAAGCAUCGGUCUCAGAUGCUAGAAAAGUUCAUGAACAUUGCACAAAAGCUGCGGCGGCUCAACAACUACAACGGUCUGGCGGCAGUGCUCGCAGGGAUCAACGGCACGGCGGUCCAUCGGUUGGCGCAGACGUGGGCACUGGUGCCGCCUGAAGCACAAAAGUCGUUUGCGAAAUUGGGCAUUCUCAUGGGUACACAAAAGAGUCACUUUGCGUACCGACUGGCAUGGGAGAAUUCCCCGUUGCCACGGAUACCCUACAUUCCGCUACACCGGAGAGACCUUGUCUCGGCCGAGGAGGGAAGCAAAACAUUUGUGGGGCCUGAAGGCGAUAGAGUCAACUGGAAGAAAUUUGAGGUACUCGGUGAAGUACUGCUGCCGCUCAUGAAGAGUCAGGGAACUGCGUACCCGAACCUCUCGAAGCACGAGGCAGCCAGGGAGCUGAUUUUGGAUUGCAGGAUGCCAACAGAUGAAGAAGAGAUAUAUCAACGGAGUGUACAGCUGGAAAGCACGGCGGGGGGUGGUGCUGAGUACAACAAGAAGAAGUUUCCGUGGUUCGCCAAAUAG